AUGUCAACAUUCGAGCGGCGCAACGACGCCACGACCAUAAACCCCUUCCGGGUUAACGACCGCGAUGUGGUAAUCCACCAAACAGUCCGCGGUGCGGACUGGUACUACACCGUGUGCGCAAUCAUGGGCGUUACAAGCCUAACCAUCCUGGCAUUGAGCAAGCGAAAGCUUCGCACGGACAGACUCUUCUUCUACUUGUCCGCUACGCUCUGCUUCGUCGCCUGCAUUGCCUAUUUCUCAAUGGGGUCAAAUCUGGGCUGGACGCCCAUUGAUGUCGAAUUCCGGCGCAGCGACCCCCAGGUUGAGGGCAGGAAUCGCCAGAUCUUCUAUGCGAGAUAUAUUGAUUGGGUCAUCACCACACCCCUUCUCCUGACCGAUCUGCUUCUCACCGCAGGAAUGCCGUGGCCGUCGAUCCUAUGGAUCAUCGGGCUGGACGAACUAAUGAUCGUGACGGGCCUUUUGGGGGCGCUGGUGCGUAGCCGCUACAAAUGGGGCUUCUACACAUUCGGCUGUGUGGCGAUGCUGUACAUCUUCUACGAGCUGGGCUUCGUCGCCCGUCGCCACGCCCUCGCACUCGGCAAGGACGUCCACCGCGUCUACGUCACCUGCGGUGUCUUGACCCUCGUCGUCUGGCUGUGCUAUCCGAUUGCCUGGGGCCUGAGCGAAGGUGGAAACGUCAUCGCGCCCGACAGCGAGGGUAUCUUUUACGGCAUCCUCGAUAUCCUUGCCAAGCCGUGUUUCUCGGCGGCGCUCAUCUGGGGGCAUUGGAAUAUUGACCCUGCGCGCCUCGGGUUGAGGAUUAAUGAGAUUAGUGAUGGGUUGAGCUCUGCGGAGCGCGAGAAGCGCGGUUUACCUAAUACCAGGCAUGAGAGUACUCCCGGCGUUCAGAGGGCUAUUACUCCUUCUGUUGCUGCUGAUGGUGGUCCUGCGUCUGCUCCUACGGACUGA